UUGUGUUCUUUGUUGAUCAGGGCUCCAGAGGUCGAUAACUGGAUGAUUAUCGAGCUUCAAGGAACACUAGAGACUAAAGAGGACGUCAGUUUGGAAGGAAAGGCCAUUGGCGACUUACAUUUCGAUGCAAAGGUCGGUGCAUAGUGACAGGUCGUUUCGCCUGCGUGUCGUUUCGCUAAAGCAUCAGUCAAUAGACCUUGUCACGGUUUUCGACGCCAUCUUGACGAGUAGGCAAACGCGUGAGAAAUUGCAGUGUUUGUAUGAGAAUCUAAUAAAGCCGUAAAACGGCUGUUCUGAAAAAAAUAUCAGUUGUAAACUAAAGCUACAAAGCAAAGGAUUGUCCUAAAAAAUUUGGGGGGUGUACCUGUGCUUAAAUUUCUCCAGAGGCUUGCUUUAAAUUUUCCAUAUAUUUGUCUGUAAUUUUCCCGGGACUUUCUUACAGACAAAUGUAUAGAAAAUUUUAAAAAGUGGUUCUAGGUCUUCUAGUGCAUGUAACGCCCUCAAAUUUUUUCAGGAGAAUCCUUAGGAGUGAAGCUUUAGUUUACAAAUCAUAUUUUUUCAAAACAGCCGUUCUACGGAAAUUAUUCGGCAUUAGAUUCUCAUACAAACACUGUAAUUUCUCACGCGUUUGCCUACUCGUCAAGAUGGCGUCGAAAACCGUGACAAGGUCUAUUCCAGCUACGCCUCCAUCCCCCUCCUCCGGGCUACCGCGGGGCAUUAGCCCGCCUUUUCAGUCCGGGGGUGGGGCAUUAGCAAAUUUUGGGAUGCCCGGGGGUUGGGCAUUUGCCAACCCUGGGGUGAGCCCGAGCUUUUGACACGUGGUGUCCUUUCUAAAUAUUACUACACAGAGGAGUUUACUGGAAAAACGAGCAGAUUGGCUCAUCUGGUUGGGGGGUGGGGUUGGCAGGGUGGAACUGGAAUUCAAUUGAUGGAUACAAAACGUCCCAUUCGCUAACAUCUUAUGUCAUCCCGCUAAGAAGCGAAAUGAGUGCUGCGCAUGUAUAUGCUUUGUUCUCUCCGCCAUGAUACAAAAAACUGCAAUAUGCAUGUAUGUACCUUGUUCUUUCAGCCGCUGAUCAGGCAAAAGCAGUUAGGUAACAGACCAAACACGUAGGCGAAAUGACUUCAGAAGUUAGUUAAUAGGAUGUUGGCAAGAUGACUUGUAGGUGGAAGGAAAGUAAACCCGGAGCAUUAUGAUCCCAUCAUCUGAAGGCUUAUUCAUGCAAUUUUCAAACUUGUUGUUUGGAUUAGAAAACUCACUGAAUUUUGCUGAUUUUGAUUUGGCAGUCCCUGUUCGCUUUCAUUUCAGGCCUGAAAAUUGUUGGUAAAAGACUUCGUGAGCAUCAAAGGAUUUACCAAUGAAUCCACCACUCAGGGAAAUGAUUCAUUGGUUUUCCUUUGAUGUACUAUGAUCUAAGUGAUGUUGGAUCACUGAUUCAGAUCCUAAAGGAACACACCUGAAGAUUUCACUUUGCAGGGUAUAUCUAAGUAGAAGGCAGGGAAUUGAACAGUUAAGAAGUUCUUUUGAUUCAGUUUUCCUUUUGUUUCCUACCAACGUAGCUGGGUUCAUGCUCAUAGUAGCCUGGGGAAAGCCCUAGCCCCCAGAAUUACGAUCGUCUCACUACAAAUUUGUUUCACUACAAGUCGUCUCACUGCAUAAUGAAGUCGCUUCACUGUGAAGUCAUUUUGCUGCAAGUCAUUUCGCUGCAUUAUAAAGUUGAUUCGCUGCAACCAACCUUUUGUAUUAAACAGGUUAAAAACAACUUAGAAUGAACUACAAAUGGGUAUAACUUGUUAAGUUAAUGGAACUACUUUACAACUUUGCAGCCAAUCAACUUCAUUAUGCAGUGAAAUGACUUGUAGCAAAACGACUUUGUAGCAAAACAACUAUACACCAGCCCCCAGCCCAAAGCGUCAGCCCUGAAAGAAAAUUAAAAUACCCCCAGUAUGUAGGAAAACGGUUUUGGGGGAAAACCAAAAUAAGAAAGUUACCAUUAGCUUGCCCAAACAACAAGAUGCUGCUUCAAUUGACAUUCUCAGGGAGACUCAGAGUUCCAGGGUUUAGCCCAAAAUGAUGUCAAUAAUAUUAUAAAUUUCUUUUAGAGUGCUUAAAAUGCUUGGCCAUAUAAAGGGACUGGUCAUUUGUUACAUCCUGGGUGGGGGGGGGGAAGUGAGUUGUGUUUAUCUGUAAAACAAAGUGUAUCAAAAAUGUACUCUCUUUAUUACCCCACCCCCUCACAUUUUGACUCUUGCUCUUUGAUAUAAAUUCUCGCCCCCCCCCCCCAAAAAAAACUGCCCCACCUCUCCACCCCCAAAAUGAACAAGUAGUCCCUUUUUAUAGGUAGCAUGCUAUGAAAACACACUAACUGCAUUUUGCUGGGUCACUCACCCAGUCCUUUGGGGUGUUAAAUGUAGCUAAAUGCAAUUUAAACAUGAGAAAAUGCUGGCCAGCGGUCUGCACCACUAAUCGUAUGUGGUGGCAGUCUUAACUUUAGCAGGGCUUUAGUAACAUUAUUUUACAGUGCUUUCGCAGAAGUAAAUCAUUUUGCUCAUGUUGCCUUCGUGUGCAGUAGCUUUAGCUGGUUUUACCCCCAACCUCCCCUCCCCUUUGGAUGUUUGUCUUGGUAAGUAUCUGCACAUCUGGAUUGAGGUUCUCAGUGUGACGGUGCAUGGUGUGUGCCACUCACAGGGUUUUCAUGAUUACCUUCUAGGCUCACUUGCUGCUCCCUUCGGUUUCACCAGGUACCUUCCCCACACCCAUCUAUUGCUGAUGGGUUUAAAGGAAGAGAAACUUUCAGUAUGUUAACUUUUCAGUGACAAAUUUGUAAAUGUAAACUAAAUUUUGAGCUUGUAGCAGAAGCAACAUCUUUCACUCACCUGCUUUCCAUUGAUAUCAUGUUUGUUGACGUAAAAAUUUUAAUUUCUUUUGUUUCUUGCCAUUGUUUUUGUAGGGAACACCUAUGCUUAUUAUUGGACACCAUUUACUUACUGGUAAAGUAGUGGACCUGGACAAACCGUAUGCUGUGUUACACAAGAAAGCAAAUAUAGCUGACAAUGACAAUGGAGGAAAAGGAGAUACACACUAUGACAUUUGCGCUUUGGUGAAAAAGAAAAUUAUCUUUAAGACCAGACCCAAGCCAAUUGUAUUCAAGUCUGUUCCUAUUUCCAGGUGA